AUGUUACCUAUUCAACCUCCAAUGUUACCACCGGAGAUGCACCAUAUGGGAAAUCCUUACAUGAAUGUUCCUCAUGAAUGGAAUCCUACACUUGCCGGGCCGUAUGGUCGUCCAAAUGUAAGGAAUGUAUGGGGUGAAUCGUUUACUUCACCUCCGGAAAUGGGUGGUGGGCCAUCUCUAUUCAAUCAGCAAUCAAAUACUGGAAAUUCUUUCUUACCACGUCCCGCUCAACAAAAUGAUGCAAAUUUUGCAUCAACUCAAGGCCAUAAUCCUUUGAAAUAUAUGAGUCAACACCCACAACCUACUUCAUUUGGCGAAGCAAAUCAUGUAGUGAAUUCGUCUGCGUCUACUGCAGAUGGAAACUCUAAUAAAUUAACAUCGGUUCGAGACGGAACUACUUCACCUAAUUCUCCAAUAUCCCAAACUGGAUUUGAAAAUAAUAAUUCUCUUUGGACUAAAAACCAGUGGGGAAAUAUGAAUGGUGGAGAAGGAACGAGUGAGAAUAAAUCGAAUGAUCAACAACCUGACCAAAAACGAACGAACAAUAGACCUUCUACAUUUGUUCCUACACCUCAACAACCGGAAUUUUCUGCACAGAAUACAUCCGGAUUGACAAUAAUGCCUCCACAUAUGUUUCCGGGAUUUGUUCCAACGCCGAUCUCGGGACCGGCUUCUGGUCCUCGUCGUAAUAAUAAUGGUAAUCAAAUGUUUCCAGGACCAGUACCUCCGGAGCAUGUAAGUUUGCCACGUAUGAAUAUGAUGCCUCCUCCAAUUAUGGGAUUUCCUCAACAACCUGCAUCACUGACCGGUGCUAUAAGACCUCCAAAGUCCUCAGAGUUAUUUGAUCCAAAUAAUUCAGGACAGUCAUCAAAUAUUGCAGUAUCUGCCUCCGAUUCCACCUUACCCAUUUCAGUUCAGCCAUCUUCUGGUACGUUAGCGUUAGUUCCUUUACCAUCCAGACAAUCACCACCAGCAACAUCAUCAAAAGGAACAUCUGUUUCAAAUAAUAAACCAACUCCCACAUCAUGUGCCGGAGUACCUUCUGGUGCAAAAGUUAUAAAUCAGAAUCACGUCAACACCCGUCGGAAAAAUAACGGAAAUGAUAUUUUAACUAAUGCGAAUCACAAUUCCGUCGUGAAUGGUACUAUGAUGCGGUCUUUGAGCCUUUCUUCAAACCAUUCGCAGGGAAAAAAUCAAAGUAAUCACCAUCGUGCAUCUUCUAUAUCACCAUCAGGAAAUAACAAAAAGAAAGAAAGUGGGCUUUUAUUUGAUUAUUCUAUGCAAGUACCAUACGAAGGUGUUAAGCCCAGUGAAGCUAACGAACCACCACAACCAAAUCAUAUCAUCGAACUUUAUGAUUUUGCUGAAUCUGACAAUUUAGUUGAUAUUACAUUUGCUAAUGCAACUAUUAAAAUGAUUCAUCCACCCCAAACUUCGCCUAAUAAGCGACCGACAGUUUUAGCUAUCUUUAAAACUUCGCGUGAGGCUAACAAAGCAAUGCAAAAUUUUAAGGGUGUAAGAUUCAAAAUCAAGACAUGGGAACCUUUGGUGAAAAAUAAUGGAAGUAAUGUCACACCAUCCAAUGUUGUCGACUAG